CUUGAUGGGGGUCCUGUGUUGUUCAGGGUCCAUUUAGCACGUGCAUCAACCGAACACCAUCAGUCACGGAAACAACAUCCAAGAUAGCAAGGAUGACCAGCGUCACCUGUACUCAUUUUUUCGCCGAUUUUGCUUCUCGAUUGAAUAAAAUUCGUCGCGAUAGUCAAUUCWGUGAUGUGAUUAUAAUCGUCAAUGGUAAAGAAUACAGCGCACAUCGUGCUAUACUCGCUGCAUCUUCUAACUACUUCCGAGCAUUAUUCACGACUGCUAUGAUAGAAAAAGACAGCAGAAUAGUUAACUUGGACAUCCCAUCGGCCAUCACCGAGGAACUGCUAACCUUUCUAUACACUGGAAGCACUGUUUUAUGUGACUCGAAUGUGAAGGAUCUUUUAAUUGCUGCAGAUUAUCUUAUGAUCGAUGAGUUAAAGCAUUUAUGUGAGAAAUAUUUCUGUCAAACCCUUUCAUCAUUUAACUGUUUACAAAAGUACUUUCUUGGCGUUAAAUACAACUGCCAUGAGCUGAGGAAACAAGCAGAAACUUUUGUUUUGAAACAAUUUCCAUUGUUAUGGAAAAGCGACGAUUUUAAGGCCCUCGAUCAUUACCAAUUAAUGAAUAUCAUUUGUAGUGACGACCUUGUUGUGGAUAGUGAAGAACAAGUUUAUGAAGCGAUCGUUUUAUGGAUUAACUACCAAGUGAAAGAAAGAGCACAGUUCUUUGACAAGCUUUUCCAGUGCAUUCGUUUAAGUUCGUUAUCGGAAGAUUUUGUCAGAAACAAAGUGGCACAAAACCUGCUGGUCAAACAGGGCAAUGCAUGUACUAUAACACUUGUAAAGGAACGACUACAAUCUAUUUAUAACUGCCAUAAAUCAAGGAAGUGCUUACAAAUAAGAGAACAAAGUAUUGUAUGUAUCGGAGGRCGYGCAGUAGGAAAAGCAGUAAAAGACGUAAUAGUUUACCAGCCGCACCACGACGAGUGGCAACAGCAACCUGAGACACCUACAGAUAAAGAAGAACAUAUUGUUCUCUUAUGCAACAACAAUCUCUAUGUCAUUGGCGGUAUGAGAAAUCCCAACAGUGUUSAGUGCUUUCAUCCUGGUACAAACCAGUGGUCAACAGUGGCUCGUUUACCACAGAAAGCUAUAUCAUCUGCUGGAGUUUGCGUUGAUGAGMAAAUCUUUAUCAUUGGAGGAAAAGAUGGCUCAGCUAAAAGUGUAUCKACAGUACAGUGUUAUGAUCCAUGUAGCAACACUGUAGAAACACUACCGUCCUUACCCUACCCCCGCCAAGCCUUGAGUGCAGUAGUACUCAAUGGURAYAUMUACGCUAUYGGAGGAUGYACAUGCAAUGAUACAUUUAAYACAGUCGACAAGCUCAACCUUAGCAACGGUUUGUCAUGGCAACAGACCCCGCCCAUGAAACACCCCCGUAAGUAUACAAGCGCAGCUGUACUUGGAAGUGGACGGAUACUGGUAGCUGGUGGAUAYCAAUAUAAUAAUCCARCUGCWUUAAAUAGUUGUGAGAUUUAUAAUCCAUUAUCUAAUGUCUGGCAUGARGUAUGCAGUCUUAAUGUACCACGUGGUGCUGCUGGCGUAGGAUGCAUUGGUAAUCGUAUGUAUGUAUUAGGUGGACGAAGCAAUGCCACUAGUACUGAUACUAUCGAACACUAUGAUGAGAAUGAUGAUGAUUGGUGUAUAAUUCCAGGACGCUUGCCUUAUCCCUGUGCAUGGCUACAAUGUAGCKUUAUCUCCGCUGAACACUUCUUAAUUAACGACGAUCGAUUAUAAUUUGAAACAAUAUAGUAAAGGAACAUCAAUUUGCCUCAUCCUACGCGGAGUUACAACCUAGAGGUCAAAUGAUGUCGACUUAUUUCAUCGUAAGAAUUUAAGGAAAAAAAAGCAAAAUGAAACAAUAUUUCCUCCAAAAGAUUUUAAAUUUUCAUUAUAUUUUUUAACGAUGCAGAAAAACUUCUCGUAUAUAUUUGCUUGACUCUAAAAUCAUUAGUACUUAAUAAAACAAAGAAGCCUAGAUUAGGCACAGGUACCACGUGUUCUGUAAACCUGUAAAAAGUACAUGUGAAACUAUUGGGAAUCGGCCAGGAACCAGCGAACAUACCAGGUACAAGCUGUGUCUUUGUUACUUCAUGUUGGUUGUCGAAAUAUGAAGUAAUGACGGGAUUGUGAUUCAGUGUACGAACAAAAAUGGAUGUGAUGACAGAUUCGAUAAAUCGGUAGCAMUUAAAAUCGCGCGCGAUUUGCAAAAUAAGGUGGUACUCAAUUAAAACCUUUUUCCUAAUAA